AUGUGUGACCGCGCCCCAAGCGCCGCAUUGAGGGUUGGUUCCCCGCGUCUGGCGCCCGCGUCGCCGCUGCGAGGUCUCCUCGCCUCCCUCCGCCUGCGGCCCGCCCCCAAGCCCCCCCCCGCCAACUGGCGCUCGCCCCCCCCCGGCGCACCACCCCGGCCCGUCACCCCUGGCAAGCCCCGCCAGGGGUCGACCGAGGCGCACCGCCGGCCGCGCGUCCGGGCCUAG